AGCGCAGGUGACUAGUUGUCAUGGUAUGGUAAUUGUUAGGAGGAUGUCUUUGGAGACGAGGGGGGUGGACAGGGUCAUUGACUUUGUGACUGGUGUAUAAAUGAAUCAGUCAGAUUGUUGUCUACAGAGCUUUUACCUACAUCACAUCAACAGUGACCUUAUUUUUGUUGAGUGUGAAGGAAAUCUUGCCUUGCGUGGAAAAGCUACACAGUCAGACCUCAUUGAGAGCAUAUGGCACGGUUACAGUCAUGCCUCCAAUGCCAUUGAUGGGAACCGCGAUUCACAUUUUCAUCAUGGGUCCUGCACUGCCACUGAUGAAUCCACUAACCCCUGGUGGAGAGUGGACCUGCUUGAUACCUACAUAGUCACCUCCAUCACCGUCAUCAACAGAGGGGAUGAUUUUCCUGAGAGACUUAACGGGGCUGAGAUACGAAUAGGAAAUUCUUUAGUGGACAAUGGCAUUCAUAACCCUCUGGCUAAAACAAUUUCCUCUGUUCCAGCCGGAAGUUCUCUCACCCUGGCUUUUGACCCAAGUUUCGAAGGACGUUAUGUGAUUGUGGUUCUACCAGGCCAGCAAAGACUUCUGACACUCUGUGAAGUGGAGGUUUACGGCUACCUUGCCCCAACCGGAGAAAAUGUGGCUCUAUAUGGAAAGGCCACCCAGUCGUCUUUGUAUGAGUUUGGCAUUCCAGGCAAUGCUAUUGACGGGAAUCGCAACGCUAUUUGGAUAGGAGGGUCCUGCACCCACACUCUACAGGACAUCAACGCCUGGUGGAGGGUGGACCUUCUGAAGACCUACAAAGUGUUCUCCAUCAUCAUCACCAACACAGUCGACAGUGUUCCCAGUAGACUCAAUGGAGCUGAGAUUUGCAUUGGAGAUUCCCUGAAAGACAACGGCAUCAAUAAUCCUAGGUGUGCUGUGAUCUCCUCUAUCCCUGGUGGCAAUUCAAGCACUUUCCAGUGUAACGGCAUGGAGGGUCGAUAUGUCAACGUGGUUAUUCCAGGGAGGGAGGAGUACCUGACCUUGUGUGAGGUGGAGGUGUACGGGUCACCCCUGGAUGGGACUGGGCCUACAUGUAACUAAAUCACAUCAUUAACUCUUAACAGAACCCUGCAAUGUUUUGUGGGCUGUAUUGUCUUACGAAAACAAUUCAACUUUUUAGUAUACUAUCACUAUUCUGGAAGUUCUUCUUGCACACUGUUUUUGGAUGUUUGGGUAUAAAUUAGCUAACACUUUUUGUAACACUUUUUAAGAACAACUUUCAUUAAUUAUUAUGUAGCCUAAUUAUUGGUUAGACAGUUAUCCUUCAUACCUUGAAAUGCAUGUAAUGCUGUGUUGUGUCUUUGCUAUCAUUAAAUUGAAGACUUAUA